UCAAGCUUUCGUCUUUGAAGCAGGCCAAGGAUCUUUUGCUGUCCCUCGAGGCCUCUGUGGCUGCCGACCUCUUCCCCUACUUGGUCGAGCUCCAGUCCUCCCCCGAAAGCCUCGUCCGCUUGUCUCUCCUCGAGGUCAUUGAGGAGGUUGGCAUGAAAGCAAUGAAGGAAUCUUCUGUACUAAUGUCUGUCUUAUUGGCAUUUUUAAGGGACAGUGACUCUAUUAUUGCAAGGCAAUCUAUAGUUAGUGGAACAAAUUUCUUUGUCACCGUCUUGGAGCAGAUGACGUUGCAGUUUCACCGGCGUGGUAAAGUUGAGAUAUGGCUUGAAGAACUUUGGUCGUGGAUGUCCAAGUUUAAGGAUGCCGUUUUCGCUAUUGCAGUAGAGCCUGGUUCUGUGGGGACAAAGUUGCUUGCUUUGAAAUUUUUGGAAACGUAUAUUUUGCUCUUCACAUCUGAAGGCAAUGAUUCUGGAAAACCUGUCAUAGAAGCAUCAAGUAGAAGGGAUUUUAACAUUUCAUGGCUUGUUGGUGGACACCCAAUUCUUGACCCGUACAUGCUAAUGUCAGAAGCAAAUAGGACUCUUGACAUUCUAUUAAAUUUGUUGAGGUCAUCUAGUAGUCUCCCAGGUUCCGUGACAAUUGCCGUUGUCAAUGGUCUUGCAGCCAUAGCACGGAAGAGGCCAAUUCACUAUAAUACCAUUCUUUCUGCACUGUUAGAUUUUGAUCCAAACUUUGAGAUAGUGAAAGGACGCCAUGUGGCCAGUAUCCAGUAUUCUUUAAGAACUGCAUUCUUGGGAUUCCUUAGGUGUACUAACCCGGCCUUAGUAGAGUCAAGAGAUAGACUGCUGAGAGCUCUAAGAGCUAUGAAUGCUGGGGAUGCGGCUGAUCAAGCAAUCCGUCAAGUUGAAAAAAUGUUAAGAAAUGCUGAGCGUGCGUCACGUGAUGCUCGGUUGGCCAAGGAUGAUCAACAACCAAGCCAGUUGCCUGUCCCAGGGGACGUGUUAAAGAAGAGACCUACACCUCUGGAUGUUGAAGAGUCAUCGAAUAAUCAUGAAUUGCCGUCCAAGAGAAUUCGUUAUGGUCCCGACUCCUAUUCGACUUUGCCAUUUCAAAUGAAUUCUUCUGGGUGGGAUGCCACUUCUGUCAACGGAGUAUCCUCUGACCUUCCUAUGUUAGAUGGUGAAUCGACUCAUGUGGAGCAAAUGAUUGCUGUGAUUGGUGCUUUGAUUGCUGAAGGAGAAAGAGGUGCUCAAUCCCUUGAAAUUCUUAUUUCAAAUAUCCAUCCUGAUCUAUUGGCUGACAUUGUCAUAACUAACAUGAGGCAUUUGCCUAAGAUGCCCCCACUCUUGACAAGGCUUGGGAACUUGCCGGUUCCCCAGCAGAUAGGAUCCCCAACAUCUUCUGUGCAGUCUCCAGUUCCCACUGUACAAAUGCCUUUUUCUGCUGCAACUGUAACCAGUUUAUCAGUUUCUGAUAUGUCCAAUGUGAAUAGUCUUCCCACUGAUUCCAAGAGAGAUCCACGGAGGGAUCCCCGUCGCCUGGAUCCACGGUAUGUAGCAGUGUCUUCUGGACUGGCAUCCGCACCCACUGCGGAAGAUAAUACUACUAUGCAUUCUGACUUUGAUGGCUCAAAUUCUUUAAAUAAGCUUGAUCCGCUGCCUAAUGUGACGACUGUGGAGACUCCUUUAGCGACUCCCAUGAUCAAAACGGAAAUCGAUGAAAGGAUUUUGGAUAGUCAAUUGGUUUCUGGAACUGGCCCACUAACUCCGAAGGGGGAGGUUCUGGAUAGACCUGUUGAAAUUGAUGCUGAUCCGGAGGUCAAAUUAUCUUCAGAUCUCACAGAUUCUCCUGUGCAAACAGUUGAUGAGGACCUUGUUGCAGUGAAGCUGUCAGAUAUUGAAGUGAAAGAUCAGGUUGAGGACCUUGAUACCUCAUCUUUUCUAGAAUCUGAUCAACAUUCUCCGGUUCUUUCAAACACAUCUGCAUCGGAAGAUACUUAUGAGGAUUUGCCUCAGGUUCCCAUAUAUGUUGAGCUUACCCAAGAACAGGAAAGAAAUGUGAGAAAAUUAGCAAUUGAGCGAAUUAUUGAGUCAUACAAGUAUUUGCAUGGCACAGAUUACAGUCAGAUGCGCCUGGCCUUACUUGCUCGGUUGGUUGCUCAGAUUGAUGCAGAUGAUGAAAUUGUUGUAAUGCUGCAUAAGCAUAUCAUUGUGGAUUACCAACAGAAAAAGGGCCAUGAGCUAGUACUGCAUGUCUUGUACCAUUUGCAUGCUUUGACAAUGUCUGAUUCAGUUGAAAACUGUACAUUCGCUACUGCCGUAUACGAAAAGUUCCUCUUGGAAGUGGCUAAGUCUUUGCUGGAAUCCUUUCCUGCCUCAGACAAGUCAUUUAGUAGACUUCUUGGUGAAGUUCCAAUUUUGCCUGACUCCACUUUGAAACUACUUGAUGAUCUAUGCUAUUCUGAUGUUAUUGAUCAACAUGGGAAAGAUGUUCGUGACAUUGAGCGCGUCACUCAGGGCCUUGGGGCUGUUUGGAGUUUAAUCUUGGGGAGGCCACAUUAUCGACAAAGCUUUUUAGAUAUCACUUUGAAGUGUGCUGUUCAUCCACAAGAUGAGAUCCGAGCCAAAUCUAUCCGGCUGGUGGCAAACAAACUCUAUAAGUUGAGUUACUUAUCAGAAAUGAUUGAGAAAUUUGCGACAAAUAUGUUGAUGUCAGCUGUUGAACAAUCUCCUUCGGGUAUAGAGCAUUCACAAUCCGAGUCCACAGGACAAAGAGUUGAAGGAAUGGUUGGAAGCCAAGAAACAUUGAUUGGUGAUUUUGAAACUUUGGAGUCUGGAAAUACUGAAAAUGAUUCCACCAGAAAGGAUCAACCUGUACCAGCCAUGUCAUUUCCUGAAGUUCAACGACUCAUAUCUUUGUUUUUUGCUUUAUGUACAAAGAAACCUAGUCUUAUUGAACUUGUAUUUAAUACUUAUGGACAUGCCCCAAAAGCUGUAAAGCAGGCAUUUCAUCGCCAUAUUCCAGUCCUUAUAAGGGCCCUAGGGUCAUCUUAUUCUGAAUUGCUAAAAAUUAUCUCUGAUCCACCUCAAGGAAGUGAAAAUCUUUUGAUGCUGGUGCUGCAAAUAUUGACUCAAGAGACAUCGCCUUCAGCUGAUCUGAUAGCCACUGUUAAACAUUUGUAUGAAACUAAAUUAAAGGAUGUCACAAUUCUUAUUCCAAUGCUGUCUGCACUUUCUAAAAAUGAGGUUUUACCUAUAUUCCCUCGGCUUGUCGCUCUUCCAUUGGAAAAGUUCCAGACAGCACUUGCUCACAUACUGCAGGGCUCAGCUCAUACAGGCCCAGCUUUAACACCUGCAGAAGUGUUGGUUUCCAUCCAUGGUAUUGUCCCUGAGAAAGAUGGACUCCCACUUAAGAAGAUAACAGAUGCUUGCUCAGCCUGUUUUGAGCAACGCACAGUUUUUACACAGCAGGUCUUGGCAAAGGCCCUGAAUCAGAUGGUUGACCAGACUCCUCUUCCUCUUCUCUUUAUGAGAACAGUUAUUCAGGCAAUAGAUGCUUUUCCUUCACUGGUUGACUUUGUAAUGGAAAUACUUUCCAAACUUGUAAGCAAACAGGUGUGGAGAAUGCCAAAACUGUGGUUUGGAUUCUUGAAAUGUGCAUCACAGACACAGCCGCAUUCUUUCCCUGUAUUGUUACAGUUACCACCCCAACAACUUGAAAGCGCUCUGAACAAAUAUGCGAACCUCAGAGGUCCCCUUGCCACUUAUGCUAGCCAGCCUAGUGUAAAAGCUUCACUCCCUAGACCAACACUUGCCGUCCUUGGUCUAGCAAAUGAAACGCAUUCACAGCAACCACAUUUGCCAUCAUCCUUUCACCCUGCAGACACAAGCUCAUCAGUACAUGGAGCAACUCCAACGUGAUAAUUAGAAAGUGUUCGGACACUGAGAAGUGACCAGCUAUGUACAGUACAAAUUGGGACAUCUGAUAAUUCGAGAGCCACAAAUCCACAAAUGUCGGGAAGGAAGAUAUAGAGUGACCACGUAUAUGGCAGCUGAUUACUUAGGGGUAUUUGAUCGCCGAUUGGUGUAACCUAAAGAUAAAAUUAGUCCGGCUGCAUAUGGAAAUAUCAGUUCUUCGGAAAUAUUUCAGGCAAGAAAGAACCGGAAAAAACAAGAAUUUAUGUUGAAGGAUACAUCCGAGCCGCUUCCUAAUGCUUCUCCGUGCCAUAAAAUGGAGUUUGAAAUAUAUGUAUCUGUAUUUUAUCCUUCUGAAUUUUGAUUCUUUUAACCUAAUCCUCAGGCAGGUUUAAAUUUUGAGUCAAUUAAAUUAUAGGCUCCUGUAAAUUAUAGUUGUAUUUUUGCUUUAGUUAGUUCAUAUUCUUUUGAAUUUU